UUUCUACAGGUACUAGGUCAACAACAUGACCAAAUUGUCUUGUCCUUAUUGAAUUAUAUGGAGCUUGUACAACAUUAUUAGGGUUUGAGUGGGGUGUGUGUGUGUGUUUUGGUCAAAGAAGAAGGGCACCGGCCUUAAUCAUUAAAUUACUGUAGGCUAGCUAGGGGAUUGGGAGGAUAACUCAUAGCUCAUCUUCAUUUUUAUUUUUGCCUCUCUUUCCAUCUGGGUCCGCACAAAUCUUGAACAAGAUAUUCCAUUACAAGUUCUAAAGCACAAUCCUGCAGAAUGUGGUCAUCAUGAUGAACUUUGUUGAAAAAAGAGAAAACCUACUCGCUGCACACAUGCUAUGUUCCGCAGAGGUUGGCAAGAGCUUCUUUCACAGCUUCACAAGACUGAAUUGAAUUAGUCUCGGAGAACUGAACUACCUUGAUCUGAAUCUCUGGAACUCACAGAAGAUCAAGGCAAGAAGAACAAAAGGAGUGUAACUUUGAUAAAGAAGACGAACACGAGAAACCCUUUUUUUCUUUCUCUUCCACAUCCUCAUCUUCUCUGCUAAUUUUCCCAAUAAUUACACCCAAAACCUUAUCCCUCUUUGGGGCAUUUGAUCAGUCACAGCAAGUGCACAAAAACCAAGACACACCACCUGUCAAUUUUCACAGCAACAAGAAUCUAGACCUUAUGGAAUUAUCACUAGGCGGCGGUACUAGUAGCGGAAGAUCAGCAGGAGAAGGAGGAGCUGGAGGAGGAGGAGGAGGGUGUAUUGAGAAAGAACACAUGUUCGACAAAGUAGUGACUCCAAGCGACGUGGGGAAGCUGAACCGGCUAGUGAUCCCAAAACAACACGCGGAGAAGUACUUCCCACUCAACUCCUCAUCAACCGAGAAAGGCCUUCUUUUAAACUUUGAGGAUCGGAACGGGAAGGCGUGGCGAUUCAGGUACUCUUAUUGGAACAGCAGUCAGAGCUAUGUGAUGACCAAAGGAUGGAGCAGGUUUGUGAAGGAGAAGAAGCUUGAUGCUGGAGAUGUCGUGUCGUUUCAACGCGGUGUUGGCGAGUCAGGUAGGGAUCGGUUGUACAUCGACUGGAGGAGAAGGCCUAAUCCCCUCGAAUCGACACCGAUUCAGUUCCAGUUUCCACAGGAUCAGGGGCGGUGGGGGAGGCUCUACUCAAUAGCACAACCGCGAUUCGGGUCGAUGAAUUAUAAUUUGUAUCCUUAUCAUUACAAUCUUCAGCAACAGCAACAAAUGGUGAUCAAUUCAGUUCCAGUUGUUCAUGGUACCAAAACCGCGGCGCCGGUAAAGCGGCUUAGGUUGUUUGGUGUGAACAUGGAGUACUGCAGUAGUAGUACUAGUGCACAAGAUGAAGUAAUCUCUCCUCAGUUAGCUUCAGCCGGUUCUUCUUCUCCUCCUCCUCCUCCUCCUUCAAAAUUAAGGAAUUCGCCGUUUUCUGCAAUGCAAAUUGAGUUUUCAAAGAAAGGGAAGUCUUCUUCCUUCUCGGAUUUUGAUAUAUGAGCAGUACUGAAUUGAGGCCUGGAAGACAAGACAUGGAAGAUAAGUCUUGCUUUGUUGUUGUUUUUUUUUUUUUGGGUUCAGAUUUGAAGCCAUUGCAUAACUAAUAAUUAUCAGAUGCAUUGGAAUUAGAGAGUGUAACUACGUACAAGGAAUUGAGUCUCUUUUCAAUUGUGUAUAACACAUUAUAUGAAUGUAUAUAUUAGCAUAUAUGGGGAUA